AUGGUCUCCUCUCCUCAAACCAUCGCCUGGACUCGUCCUCUCAAGGUCAUGGCUGUUGCCAUUUUCUUGCGGAACCAGUCGGCCACCAGCAGAGAAGAAGAUGAUCCGAAUAGUGUCGAGAACACAGCCUCUCUACACCCAGUUCAGCUCCUCCCUUCAAGACCCAGCCGAAUCCGCCGGUUCUUGAUUACAGUGAUAGAGGAGGAAGGAGAAGAAGGAAGUAGGGCAGAAGGGAAGGAACUAGGAAAGAAAGAGAAGGGUAUCUCAAAGCUGAUAUGGGGCCAGUGGAACAUCCGCAUAAUUAUCCUCUUCAGUCUCUUCCUUCAGAUCUUCCUCAUCGUUUCUGCUCCCUACAGAAAACGCAUCAGAGGAGGCUUCUUCAUAUUCUUUGUCUGGUUGGCUUAUCUUCUCGCCGACUGGGCAGCUGGCUACUGCAUUGGACUCAUCUCCAACAAUCAAGAGCAAAAAGCCACCCUCACACAAAACGAUUACCUCAUGGCAUUUUGGGGCCCUUUCCUUCUCCUGCACCUGGGUGGCCCUGACACCAUCACUGCGUUUUCUCUGGAGGACAAUGAGCUCUGGCUCAGGCACCUUCUUGGCCUCGUUUUCCAGUCAGUCACAACUGCUUAUGUCUUCCUUUUGACCGUCCCCCGGAACCCAUUAUGGUUGCCGACGAUAUUGAUGUUUGUUGCCGGAUUAAUCAAGUACGCUGAGAGAACUCACGCUCUGUACAUCGCGGCCAUCAAUAAUUUCAGGAAGUCCUUACCUCCAGAGCAGCAUGGGGAGACCACUUAUGAGAAGCUCAUGGAUGCGUACUCUUAUAGGGAAGCGGCCGGCCUUCCAGCCGAAACAAUCAUGAUUCUGGAGCCUGGUGAGACGGGAAAAGAUGGGAGCAGAAAUCAGGAAACAGAGGGAGAGAAAAAUGAAGGCGUGUCAGCUGCUGUUGCGCCAUCCAAAGAUGGAAAGGAGAUCGCGGCGAUUGAUAUUUGCAUACUUGAGUUGGUGCAGAAAGCUUUCUCCUUCUUCCUCAAGUUUCAAGGUCUCGUCGUUGACAUGAUAUACAGCAUCAAAGACCCGUACGACAGCCGGAGAUAUUUUCAAAGCAAAUCGGCAGAAGAGGCCCUCAUACUCAUAGAAGUUCAGCUCAAUUUCAUGUAUGAAGCUUUCUACACCAAGGCCUCGGUGAUUCGCCAAUAUUGGUUCUGGUUCUGGGGAAAAUUUAUUUCCUUAGUGUCCAUUACGGCCACCAUCGUACUCUUCAUUAAGGCAGACAGGCAUAGUUUCGACAAGUUGGAUGUUAGGGUGACUUAUGCGUUGCUGUUUGGCGCUCUGUUCCUGGAUGUCAUGGCUCUUUUCAAGCGUUUUUUCACUGAUUACACUGCUACCCUCUCCGAUGAAUCUCUAAUAGAUUCCUACGCAGCUUCUCCUUACCAAAAAUUCCGAAUCAGAAUCUUCAAGUGUCUCAAUGGAAUAUUUUUGUCGCGGUUCCUCACGUUGGGGAAUCUAACUUGGCCACAAAUCCAGAAAGGCCCUUACGAAGGCUGUCACAGAUUGUCCACCAAAUUGUUAAUGCGCAGAUGGUCUGAAUCAAUCACGGGGUACAAUCUGCUGAGUUACUGCGUGAACGAGUCAGUUCAGAGGGAUCCUGAUAAUCUAUGCCUCAAAAUCUGGGUACAUGCACAGGAUUUAUUCUAUCAACGUGACAAACGUUCUAAUAUUAAAGACCUCCUUGAUCAAUGGAGGUAUGAAUUCAAAAACCCGUUCGUGAAAGAGCUUUGGGAAUACUUGUUCGAAAAGCUGAAAGAGAAAUCAGCUAGUGCUCAAGAUAUAGAGGCUAUCCAAAGCAUAUGUUCAGCUAGAGGUGAGCAGGUUGUCCAGAAGGCCAACUUAGAAACCCUGAAGCCAUUUGUGGAUCCCAACGAAGUUGCUUUUGAUCAAAGCCUUCUAUUGUGGCACAUUGCUACUACUCUCUGUUCCACCAAAGACAAACAGGAGGGUGGACGCAAGAGACAAAUCAGCAUGCUUGUCUCAGAUUACAUGCUAUACCUUCUGGUUAUGCAGCCCAACAUGAUGUCCGCCAUAGCAGGAAUAGGACAAAAGAGGUUCGAAGACACAUGUGAAGAGGCCAAAAGGUUCUUCAAGAGGAGGGGCAUUCCAGCAAAAGGGGGUGCGAAGGGUAUGCUGGAGGAAGCUCGCAAACUUCUGAUGAACGAGCCAACAGAACAACAACCCAUUGGUGUGAAGGGGGAUAGGAGCAAAUCCCUAUUGUUUGAUGCAUGUCGUUUGGCCAAAGAGUUGAACAAUUUGACAGAUAACGAGAAAUGGAAAACUAUAGCUAGUGUGUGGGUGGAAUUGUUGUCGUAUGCCGCGUGCCACUGCAGGCCUGCGGGACACGUCCAGUUAUUGAGUAAAGGUGGCGAGCUCAUUUCCUUUGUUUGGCUCUUAAUGGCUCAACUCGGUCUCAGCACUCAGUUUCAAAUAAAGGCUGACCCGCCCAACGUCAUCAUAGGGUGA